AUGUCAUGCUAAUUAAUUUGCGACAAAUCCUGCGAAUAAUGCUCUACACCAAAUGAUCCAAAUGGUUGUAUUAGUUGCCAUUAAGGAUCAUAUUUAAGUGCUUAAAAUUAAUGCCUUUCCUGUGAUUAACCUUGCUUAUCCUGCCAAAAUUCAAGUAAUUUUUGUACUUUAUGUCCAAAUGGAUAUUAGCUUGAUGAAAAUAAUAAAUGCAUUAUUCCAUAAUGUCCAUCAGGAUGCUAAACCUGUAAUUUAUAAAAUAACAAUACAGUUUGCAUUUCUUGUAAUGAUCAAUAUUAUUUAGAUGAAAAUAAAAACUGCUAAAAAUGUCAAUUACCAUGCUAAACUUGCACAGGAUCGGCCUAUUCUUGUACAAGUUGUUAAGAUUAAAAUUCCUAUGUUUUAAACUCAAGCAAUAAUACUUGCCAAUUAAAAUGUUAAAAUAACUGCUCCAGCUGCAAUUAUGAUAAUGGCCAAAUUUAUUGUAUUUAGUGCAACCCUGGAUACUAUAUUGAUAGCUCUAGCAGUUGCUAAUAAUGCAUUUCCCCUUGUUCUUCAUGCAAAAUUACUGCAUCUACUUGCCUAUCUUGCAUAGAUAAUUACGUUUUUGUUGAAUCAAAUAAUUCGUGCUCUCCUAUUUGUGAUUCUUCUUGCAAAACCUGUAGCAACCCCAAAGACACUUAAUCUUGCUUAUCUUGCUUUGAUGGAUCUUUUUUAGAUAAUAAUAAUUAGUGUUAAAAAUGUAUUUCUCCAUGCUAAAAUUGCAAUUAAAAAGGCUCAAACUGUCUUUCUUGCAUCUAAGAUUAUACAUUUAAUGCUACUUAGAACACCUGCUAACCAAUAUGUGAUUCUUCUUGUAAUUUAUGCAGUCUUCCUUUGAAUAGCUAAUCGUGCUUAUCUUGUUUUGAUGGGUUUUAUCUGAGUAAUAAUUAAUGUUUUGCAUGUUAAUAUCCUUGUGCUACCUGUUUAACAUCCUCUAGCAAUUGCUUGACAUGCUAAAAGGAUUAUAUAUACUAAUAAUAAACUAAUAGUUGCUCUCCAAUUUGUUAUAAUUCUUGUAAAACUUGUAGCUUGCCUUUAAGUAGCUCUUCUUGUUUAUCAUGUUAUGAUGGAUUUUUCUUAAAUAAUAAUAAUGAAUGUUAGAUUUGUUAGCCACCUUGUUAAAAUUGUGUCAUAAGUGCAAAUACUUGUUAAUCAUGCAUAUAAAAUUAUACUUUAAACGUUACUUAAAGUUUGUGUUUCCCAAUAUGUGACCCGCCAUGCUUGACCUGCAAUCAACCUAAAAACAGCUCAGCUUGUCUGAGUUGUAUUGACGGAUUUUUUUUAUUUAAUAAUUAAUGCUUGAAUUGUUAAUCUCCUUGUGCAUCGUGCAUAGAUUCUUCCUCUAAUUGUUUAUCUUGUAUUGAAAAUUAUACUUUUAUUUAAUCAUAAAAUUACUGUAGUCCUAAUUGCGAUCCUUCUUGUAAAACAUGCAGCUCUCCAAAUAAUAAUUAAUCUUGCUUAUCUUGCGAUGAUGGAUUCUAUUUAACUAAUGACUAAUGUAUAUAGUGCUAGUUUCCUUGUUUAACUUGUCAAAAUUAAUCUAAUAAUUGCUAGUCUUGUUCUGUAAAUUACAUUUUAGAUACUCUAAACAAUUAAUGUUAGCCAAUUUGUGAUCAAACUUGUAAGUCCUGUUUACUGCCUCUAAACAGUUCCUCAUGCUUAUCUUGCUAUGAGGGAUUUUUUUUUAGCAAUAAUCAGUGCUUACCCUGCAUUCCUCCAUGCUAAACUUGUUAAAAUUCCCAAAAAAAUUGCUUAUCCUGUGAAAUAGGAUAUAAUUAUAACCCACUUACAAACUACUGUGAUCCAAUUUGUGAUUAAACUUGUUAAUCAUGCAGCUUACCAUAUAAUAAAAAUGCUUGUUUAUCUUGUUUCGAUGGUAAUUUCCUACUAAAUAACCAGUGCAUUCCUUGCUAGCCUCCUUGUUUAAGUUGUUCUAAUUUAAGUACAUGUUUAUCCUGUUAAAGUAGCUAUAUCUUCAACUCUGAUACAAAUUCAUGCUCUCUAAUUUGUCCUAUUCUUUGCACUUCUUGCUAAAUGAGUGAUUUAAAAGUAAUUUAGUGCUUAUCAUGCUAAGAUGGGUUUUAUGUAAGUUAAUAUUAAUGUCUUGCUUGCUAAACUCCUUGCAAAACUUGCCAAGGGAAAUAAACAAACUGCUUGUCUUGCAUUGAAAAUUACACCUAUAGUCCUUCUUUAAAUUUAUGUAGUCCUAUAUGUGAUCCCUCAUGCAAAUCAUGUUAUUCUCCGUACAAUAGCCAAUCGUGCUUAACAUGUUUCGAUGGUGACUAUUUAUUAAAUAAUGAAUGCCUUUCAUGUUAAUUGCCAUGCAAGAGUUGUUAAAAUUCAUCAUAAACUUGCUUAUCAUGUAUUGAUAACUACACAUUUAAUUAAUCAACAUUUGAUUGCUCACCAGUUUGUGAUUAAUCUUGCUAUACAUGCAGUUAUCCACUAGAUAGUUCUUCGUGUUUAUCCUGUUAUAAUGGUUUCUACUUAAGUAAUAAAUAGUGCCUUCCCUGCGACUCUGAAUGUUCUAGCUGUUAAAUCACAGCUAAUAAUUGCACAUAAUGUUCAGAUAAUUAUAUAUUUGAUGAAGUUGAGGAAGUGUGUUUACCUAUUUGUGCAUAAACAUGUAAAACAUGUACACUACCUCUAAUGAAUAAUUAAUGCUCAUCCUGCUUUGAUGGCUAUUAUUUAAAUAAUUAUUCGUGUGUUCCAUGCUAAUCACCUUGUUAAAAUUGUAUUGAUCAAAGUAAUUGCCUAUCUUGUUUGAAGGAUUAUUCUUAUAAUUAAUAAACAAAUUAAUGCAAUUUAAUAUGUCCUGAUUUAUGCUAACAAUGCUAAUUUAAUAAAGAUAAUUAAAUUCAAUGUUUAGUAUGCAUUGAUGGAUUUUAUUUAAAUAAUUAGAGCUGUUUAAAAUGUUCUUCUCCCUGUUUAACAUGCUAAUUUAGUAGUAAUAAUUGUUUAUCUUGCGAUUCUAAUUACACAUUUAGUAAUGGAUUAUGUCUCCCUAAUUGCGACCCAAAAUGUAAAACUUGCACUUUACCAAAUUUAAGCUCUGCAUGUUUAACAUGUUAAGAUGGAUACUAUUUUGAUAAUAAUUACUGUUUUCCUUGCUAAUAACCUUGCUAAAAUUGCUAAUAUUCUCCAAAUAACUGUCUUUCAUGCAUAACAAAUUAUAUUUUUAACACUAAUUCUAAUAGUUGCUCUCCAAUAUGUGAUGUAACUUGCUAAACUUGUAGUUUACCUAACAAUAAUCUUGCAUGUUUAUCAUGCUUUGAUGGCUACUUUCUAAAUAGUAAUCAAUGUAUUCCUUGUGACUCUUCAUGCGCUAAAUGCUAAAUUACAUCAACAAACUGUAUUUAAUGUGCAAAGAAUUAUCUUGCUGACAACUAAAGUAAUACUUGUUCGCCUAUAUGUGACCCUCUUUGCAAGACAUGUGUAAAACCUUUAAAUAAAAACUCUUGCUUAUCUUGCUUUGACUAAUAUUAUUUAUUUAAUGAUGAGUGCUUAUAAUGUUCUCCUCCUUGUUUAACCUGUAUCAAUACAAACCUGAACUGUCUUUCAUGCAUCGAUAACUACAUUUACAAUGAUUCCUCCAAUUAGUGUUUACCAAAUUGCCCUUAGAAUUGUUAGAACUGUACUCCAAAUAAUAUACAAAGCAACACUUCCUCUGAAAAUUCAAAUUUUUUCAUAUGCAUUUAAUGCCAGGAUGGAUAUUUUUUAGACUAAAAUAAGAACUGCUAAAAUUGUCAAUAGCCUUGCUUAAACUGUUAAAAUUAAGCAACAAACUGCACAAAAUGUAUUUAAAAUUAUUAAUUAAAUGCUUAAAAUAAUUUAUGCAUUCCUUAAUGUGAUAUAUCAUGUUCCACUUGCUCGCUUCCAUAUGAUCUUAACUCCUGUUUAAGUUGCUUUGAUGGUUUUUAUUUGAAAUCAGGAUAAUGUUUGCAGUGCACAUAACCCUGUAAGAGUUGUUAAUUUAAUGACACCUAUUGUACUUCUUGCAUUUAAUAUUAUGGAUUGAAUUCUGCAACAAAUUCUUGUUAUCUCUUAUGUCCUAUAGGUUGCAAGGAAUGCAAUAACCUAAACAAUUAAUCAUCAUGCAUUUCCUGCAUUGAUGGAUAUUAUCUCACAAAUGGAUAAUGCUUACCUUGCUAAAGCCCUUGUUCUACUUGCGAAAAUGAUGCUCAAAAUUGCUUAACUUGUAUUAAAUAUUAUAAACUUGUUUCAGACUCUUAAAGAAGUUAUUGUUCUCCAGUUUGCGAUAUAUCUUGCUAAACUUGCACAGCCCCUAAUGAUUUCCGUUAAUGCAUGUCCUGUAUAGAAGGCUAUUAUCUUUAUUAAAACUCUUGUCUAUCUUGCAGUUUCCCAUGCUAAUCUUGUGAAGGUUCUCCAUCUAAUUGUCUCUCUUGUGUGCAAUGGCAUAGCUUAGACCCAUCAAGUAAUACUUGUAACCUUACUUGUCCAACUGAAUGUACUUCUUGUUUUGAUUCAUCUAGCAAGACAAUUUGCUAAGAAUGCAUAGAUGGCUACUAUCUGAGCGAAGGAGUAUGUAAACAAUGUUAAUUUCCAUGCUAGAACUGCUUGAAUGUGACUAGCUGCUUUAGCUGUUAAGAAAAUUAUACUUAUGAUGAAUAAAACUAAACUUGUAAUCCUAUUUGCCACAGUUCUUGCAAGACAUGCUCUUUUCCUAAGAAACAAAAUGCCUGCUUAGAAUGCAACGAUGGAUAUUUUUUAGCUAAAAAUAGAUGUAUUCCAUGUUCAAGUUCUUGUGCUACUUGUGAUACAACAGGAAAUAAAUGCUUAACUUGUGCUGAAGGAUAUGUUUACUCAUCAAUUUAUAAUUCUUGUUAAUUCAUUUGUAAUCCUUCUUGCAAAACUUGUUUACCAGAAAGUCCUAAUUCUUGUUUAACUUGCAAAACAGGUUAUUAUUAAAUCGGAAAUAUGUGCAUUAAAUGUGAGUCUCCUUGUGCAACAUGCGCAGAUUAAUCUACUAAUUGUUUAUCAUGCAUAACUAAUUAUGUAUAUGAUUAAAUAACAAGAACUUGUUUUCCAUAGUGUUUUCCAACUUGUUCUGCUUGCAUUACUCCUAAUAAUAAUUUCUCUUGCACUAAAUGCAAAGAUGGAUAUUAUCUUAGUGCUUUUAAUCAAUGUCUCCCUUGUUCUCCUCCUUGCCUUACUUGCAGUAUUAAUGCAAACAAAUGCCUCUCUUGUAUAGAAACUUAUAAAUUUGACAGUUAAUUCAAAAUUUGCAUGAUAAUAUGUGAUAGUUCUUGUGCUACUUGUACAUAGCCAUUAAAAAGUACCUCUUGUAGUUCAUGCAACGAUUAGCGUGUACUUAUAAAUAACUAAUGUCUUCCAUGUUAGCCUCCUUGUGCCACUUGUGCUAAAACAACUACUAAUUGCACUUCUUGUUUAUAAAAUUAUACCUUAAAUCCAUAAACAAACACGUGUAAAUCCUUAUGUCAUCAAAAUUGCAAGACUUGUCUGCAUCCUUAUUCAGACACAUCUUGCUCAAGCUGCUAUGAUGGAUAUUACUUAAAUAACAUUAAUUAAUGUUUAUAAUGUCAAAGCCCAUGCUAAAAUUGCUAAAAAGUUGCUAUUUAGUGUAAGAGUUGUAUUGAUGGAUAUAUUUUAAAUCAAAGUACUCUAGAGUGUGUUUUAAAUUGUGAUAAAUCCUGUAAAACUUGUUUUUCUCCAUAGAAUUCUAAUGCAUGCACAUCUUGUCCAGAUGGCUUUUAUUUAAUCAACAAUUCAUGUAAAAAUUGUGAUUUUCCUUGCCAAACAUGUUAAAUUUCCCCACAAGAAUGCUUAAGCUGUUUUAAUAAUUACAAAUUAGAAAAUGUUUUAAAAUAAUGCACUCCAAUUUGUGAUAUUUCAUGUAAAAGCUGCUACCAACCAUAAGAUCCUUCUUAAUGUAUAGAAUGUGCUUUUGGUUAUUUUUUAAACAGUUAAAAUAAAUGCUAAAUCUGCGAGAGUCCAUGUUCUAGUUGUGUAGAUAAUCCCUCAAAUUGUAUAAGCUGUUUAGAAACAUACUAUUCAAUUCCAUUGAAUGGUAUAUGCAUAAAAAUGAAUUGCGAUGAAACUUGCUUUACUUGCUCCAAAGAUAAUGAUAGAUAAGCUUGUAUAAAAUGCAAAGAAGGAUUUGUUAAAUUAGGAAAUUUAUGUGAAAAAUGUGAAUCUCCCUGUUAAGCAUGCAUCUAAAGCUAAAUUUAAUGCACUUCUUGUAUUGCAAAUUACAAAUUAAAAAAAAAUAAGUGUUAUUUUAAUUGUCAUAGUUCUUGUAAUACAUGCUAGAAUUAGUCUCCUUAAGAAGAUAAAUGUACAUCAUGCUUCGAAGGCUACUUUUUAGAUGGUAAUUAAAUAGGAAGAUGUGUCAAAUGUAAUUAAAACUGUGCUAUUUGCAGUAAUUUUCACACCUGUUUAGUUUGCCAAGAAGGAUAUUUACAAAUUUAGGGCGUAUGUUAAAUGGAUUGCCAUUAUUCAUGCUUAACAUGUAGAAAGCCUAAUAGCAAACUUGAUUGCUUGAGUUGUGACUCAUCAAAAAUAUUAAUAUAAAACUCAUGCUAAAGAUGUCCUAAUGGCUAAUUUCCUAGCUAAAAUUAUAAUACUUGUUUAAAUUGUGUACAAAAUUGUUAAAUUUGUUCAAGUCUAAGUAGUUGUUCAUAAUGUCUAUCUGGAUAUUUUUUAGACUAAAAUAUGUAAUGCCAAAAAAUAGAAUGCCACUAUUCAUGUUAGCUUUGCACAGGGAAUUCUUAUUCUGAAUGCCUUUAAUGCAAUGAAACAAGAAAAUUAGUACCUCUUGAGCCAUCUUCUUAAAUCCAUUUAUGCGAAUGUAGAGAAGGCUAUAGUGAGAAUAAUUAAUCAAAAUGUUAGCAUAGCCAAAUUUAAUAAAAUCUUUAACAUGCAUUUGGAAUAUCUGCACUAGUAGUUUAUUCUUUGACCACUUUAUUAAGCAUUUCUGACUUAAAUCCUGUGAUUUUAUUUGGUUUGGUAGAAUUAAAUCAGAGUUUAAGCUAUAUGAGUUUCAUAAAUGAUAUACCAGCAUUAGGGUUUGACUAAAUGAUGAAUUUAUUAUCUUAUAACUAAAUUACUAAUCUAUUUGAUUUUUCAUACUUCAGUGAAAAUAAUAGUGGCUACUAUAAUCUUAGAAUUUUAGAAAGCAAUUAAAAAAAUAAUUUGAAUAAAAGAGUAAAUACUGUUUACAAUAAUAGUACUGAUUCAAUAGCAAAUAAAAAAGUUAAAAUGAAUCCUAAGCUAAUUAUUUUUUUAGAGUAGAGCUUCACAUAUUUGAGUUCAGUGAUUCUAAUCACUUUGAAUGCUUCUGCUUUGGUUUUAGCUUGUCUUUUUUCGUAUUUUAAGGUUAAGGAUUAAUACAAGGGAAUUAUUAAAAUAAAAAGAAUAUUUUGCAUUUCUCUACCAUUGUUAGUUUUAUACUUUACUUCAUAAGAUUUAGCUUUAUUGGUUUUUAAUCAAUUUUAAUCUUUUAUAUAUAGUAACAAAUAAGAUGUUACAGACUCAAUUCUCUAGUAUUUGAAAGUCCUUUAAAAUGAUCAAAAAUAUUAGCAAAGCUUAGCUGAAAUAACUAUUAAAAAUGAUUGCAACAACUAAAACAAAAAUACCUCUUAACCUGCAAAUUUGGAAAAUAGUCCUCAAGCAAAAAAUGAAUUUUUUGAUGCUAGAAAAGAAAUUUAUUAAGAUAAGAAGGAAAAUAUAUUUGCUAAUAAUGAAAUUUCGACAGAAAAAAAUGAAAAUCUUGAAACCAAAAACCAAAAUCAAUUAAAAAAAAGCGAUUCCAUCUUUAGUUAAAACGAAAAUUAGCCAUUAUAAGAACAAUCUCAAAAUAAUAAAAAAUAAAAAAUAUUUAGUAAUGUCGAAUUUUAAAUGUUUAAAACUGAGAAAUUAUCUGAAUAAAUAAAUGAUUAGAUCUUUAAAAGUGAUAUUUAAUUUACAAAGAACGAAUCGAUUAAAUAAAAAAGCGAAAGCUAAAAAGAUGAUUUGAAUAUUCAAAAUUUAACUAAAACUAUUAGCAUAGAAAGUAAAUAAGAAGAGCCCUGUUAAUUUGCUACAAUACAAAAUAUGAUAUCAAAAUUAAUAAAAACUAGAAUACUUAUUUUAUUAUUAUCAAAAUGA